UCUUGAAUUCCCAUUUCGAACUCAUCCUCUCUCUCUCUCUCUCUCUCUCUCUCUCUCCUACCGAGAUCGGUGGACAAAACCGCACAAACCCGCGCCGCGAGACUAGAAGCGGAAGGAACCCUAGCCCCUCAUUCCUACCUCGCAUGGCGUCGCCACGGGUGAUGGCGUCGCCCUCGUCGUCCGCGAGCUCCGACGUCGCCCGCCAAUCUUCCGCGUAUGCCUCCGCCGCAUCGUGCGACCAGACUGAGGCCCUCGGAUCCGUGAGCAUGGACCACCUCCUCCGCGGUUUCUGCGCCCAGCCGCCGUUCCCCCUGCCCCUGCCUAGGAACGCCGCUGGCACGACGGCGGAUGUGGUUUGGGAGAUCCCCGACGGGGCUGGAUCGGGGUACGAGGACGCGGCGGCGGGGGCAGACGGGGAGGUGACCCUCGAGGAGUUCUUGGCGAGGACUGGCGCAGUGAGGGAGGAGGACGUCGGGGUUUCGACAGGGUUCGUGGUGGAUCCGGCGAUCGGUGGGCGGUUUUGUCAGCAGGAGCAGCAGUUGCCGCUGGAGAAUCCGAUGCUGGGUUUUGGGAGUGCCUUGGAGAGUGGAGGGCGGAGAGCGAGGAAGAGAGUGGUGCUGGAUGAUCUAGUGGAUAAAGUGGUGCUGCGGAGGCAGAAGAGGAUGAUCAAGAACAGGGAGUCGGCUGCGAGGUCGAGAGAGAGGAAACAGGCUUACACUGUAGAGCUUGAGUCUCUGGUGACACGGUUGGAGGAGGAAAACGUUACGCUAGUAAGAGAACAGGAGGAGCAGCACAAGAUGAGAUUUCAGCAGCUUAUGGUGAAUAUUAUCCCAGUUAAUGAGAGCAGGAAACCACUGCCUGUUCUCCGAAGGACUAAUUCCAUGCAGUGGUAGAUAUUUCCUAAGCUGAUGACAAUAUCAAUAUUAUUGUCCAAAGAAGGAAGUCCAUUCUGCUCACAGCGCACAGCAAGGAAAACAUAAUAUAUGGCAUAGUUGAUGCACCUGGCUUUUUCCUUGAAGUUCCAUGCUGACAUUUUUUCCUGAAAAUACUCAUUUGUGAAGAUUAAUGGAUGGAAACAAACAGAGGAGGAAUUUGUAGAUAGUGUUGUGUUAUGCAGCUUCCUGACUAGUAAUGUUUUUGCAUCAAUAAUGCAAAAUUACACCACUCUUUUCUUUUAGGAUGUUAGUGACACUUUUCACACUUUCAUC